AUGACCUGUAGUUACUCGCCAUUACCAUUUGCUGCAGCACAGCAGCAGCAGCAGAAGGAAGCAAUCACCAACAGCAGCAGCAGCAGUAGGAAGCAAUCACCAACAGCAGCAGCAGCAAGCAUACAGCAGCAGCAGCAAGCAUACAGCAGCAAAGACCGCUCUGAUGAAAGAAUGGUGGCAACUCCAGCAGCAGCCACAGCAGCAGCAGCAAGUGCUGCUGAGAAGGCACGGAAGCAGCAGCAGGGCCGGAGAAGCAGCAACAAUAGGAGCAGCAGCAGAUGCGCAGGCAGCAGCAGCAGCAGCAGCAGCAGCAGCAGCAAAUCUUCACUAACUGUCUCCAAGGGCAGCUGA